CGAGGGUGAAAAAAAAACAACAGCCAGAAAAAAAAAACCGUCCUCGUGCUGCGUCACGUGACCGAAUGGGCGUUAUUUAAGCUGCUGGCGCGGGAGCCACAGACAAGAGAAUCAGCUCGUACAGGAAGUGAAUCGAUUCGGAUCGGCGGUGUUUUGAUAACAAACAUGAGUGCGAGUGGAAAACUAAGACCCAGCCAGCAGAAGUCCAACGAGAACAUAACGAGUUUUUUCACACCCUCCCAUAAGGCAAUGGGACCCACCAGACAAUCCCUGCAGGUCCUUCAGCCCUCAGCUGUCAACAAAGAUCUUGGGCGGUCAGCUCAGGCAGGAAAGAUCAUUCCCAAAAGGAAACACUGGAGCGCAGAACAAACCCGAGGUCCAAAGAGGGUGAAGGUAGAAGUCAAAUCCACACAAACAGAGGAAACUCGGUGUUUGACUGAUGGCACGUCCACUGAAGCAUAUGAACUUAUGGUCAAAGAGACUCCUCCCUCCACCUACUGGAAAGAGAUAGCCGAUGAGCGACGGAAGGCCUUGUACAAUGUUCUACAGGAGAACGAGAAGUUGCACAAAGACAUCGAGACCAGAGAUGUUCAGAUAACACAACUGAAGAGUGAGAAUGAAGAGCUGCAAGAGCUGGCACAACACGUCCAGUACAUGGCUGAUAUGAUCGAGAGGUUGACGGGAAAGUGCCCAGAUAAUCUAGAGGAACUGAAGGACAUUGCUCUUGACGUGGCUGAGGAGGAUGAUGAUGAUGAAGACGACAGUGACGAUGCCGACGAGAGUGAGGAUGAAUAUUCAGAUUACAGCGACGAGGAAGAAGACACGUCAGUGGAGCAGAAUUAACUGACGCACCUCAUGCUCUUGGACUUUGUCUUAAUACAUCAUCCGAUUUUGGCCAGAGUGACAUCAAUUUGAAGAUGUUUGCUUUUCAGUGUAAUUUAUGUUCAGGCUGCAUCGUUCUCGAAAUGCAUCAUUUUAAAUCGAAGGCUUUACGAUUUUUAGGUUAAAUUUGUACAAUUCUUGGCCAAGAAGUGUUAACUUAGCCAGUAUAGAACUUAUUUUUUUUAAUUUUUUUUUUUAAAUGGAAGACAUGAUGACAAGUCAGUAGUAAAGCACAGGCUACAGUCUUUCAGUUAAUUUAGUUUAAUGUGACCGUUUCUAUCUCAACAAAGGGGAUCCUCACUAUUCUGUAGCACACCAAAUUUCUUGUGUUCCUUUGUCUCCUGGUGUGGAAGGUUUGCCCUGUUGAAGGUCAGCAACCUGUAGAUGGCAAAAUCACAAUGAAACAGUAAUGCCUGUGCUUUUCUUACUGAUGUCUACUGUGAAAAGAUUUAUUUAAGAACAGUCAUGCUACACUCACUGGUAGAUGUGGCUUACUUUAAGCAUGGCUUUAAGUGUUUUGGUUUACGCUGUAAAAAAUUUUUGCAAUGUUAUGGUACAGCUGUGUACAUAAAGCUUGUGUAGAAUAAACACUUUUUUAAAAAAAAA